CUGCCUGGAUACCAAGAUAAUAUUGGUGACUGGACGUUGAGGCGGAGGGAGGGCGAGGAGCAGCUGGACCUGCUUGCCGCAGACCGGGACCGGACACAUCGCGCCCAGGUACGCAAGGCAGGCAGAAAGGUGUUCACCUUCAAGCCGUCUUACAAGCAAGUCUGUUUGAGGAGAAACGCCACCGUGGCUGAGGCUGGCGGAAGCUCCCGGCCGUGGUUUGUGCAUGGUGUGCAGAUUGUUGCAAAGGGCAAGCGCGUGAAAAUCACAUGGAGAAUACAGCGCAGAUGGAUGUCUGAAUGGGAUCAGUAUAAUCUCGGCUGGAGAUGUGAGAUUGGUGGCAGCACCCGAAGCAGUGGCUCCGGUGAAGUGAUCAAUCACAUCAGCCUAGAGUAUGACUUCAUAAAGGCAUUCGUGUCGCCUUUGUAUCCAUACCUAAGAGAUGCUCAAAAACAUUUCUAUCACGACAAGAGCCCGUCAAACGACGAGGUCCGGCGCUGGCUAGGAGAUAUAAACGACAUCAGGCGGCGCGAUAUCUUCAUCAACUGCUUCAUUCGCCGUCUA